AUGAACUGCGGCCCGCCGGACCAGCUGCCGCCGGCCACGGCGGGCUUCCUCAACCUUAACUGGGACAGCUCCAUGGACGCGGGGGGCCACCCCUCGCCGGCCUCCGGCUCCGCGGCGGCCACCGAGGGGCUGGCGCUCCACGGGAUCUCGCCCCGGCCGCAGCACUACGGCGCCGGCACGCCGCUCGGCUCGCCCACCAAGCUCAACCUCUCCAUGAUGGGCCAGUACCGCCACCACAACCACCACUACCCGCCGCCGCAGGUGGGGGGCGCCGGCCUGCCCACCCUGGAGAACCUGAUGCCCAUGGGAUCCCUGGACCAGUUCCUCGCCGACCCGGGCUUCGCCGAGCGCGCCGCCAGGCUCUCCGGCUUCGACGCCCGCGGCGGCUACGGCGGCGGCCCGGCGCAAUUCGGCCUCCCGGACGACGGCCCCGUCGGCGCGCUCAAGGAGCUGGAACUCGGGAGUGCCCGGGACGACUCGUCGGUGUCCGAUCCGGCGUCGGCCGGCGCGGGGAUGGCGCUCAAGGGGGACUCCGACGGCAAUGCGAGGAAGCGGAAGGCCGCCGGCGGCAGCAAGGGGAAGGGCAAGGACGCCUCCAUGUCCACCACCUCCGCCAAGGAUCUCCUCGCCAAGGAGGACUCGGCGUCGAAGCGCUGCAAGUCCACGUCCAUGGAGGACGCCGAGGAGAAUUCCGGGAAGGGGAAGGCCGCGCAGAGCAGCAGCGAGAACGGCGGCAAGAAGCAGGGCAAGGACGGCGCCUCCAAGCUCCCCGAGCCGCCCAAGGACUUCAUCCACGUCCGGGCUCGGCGCGGCGAGGCCACAGACAGCCAUAGCCUGGCCGAGAGGGUGAGAAGGGAGAAGAUCAGCCAGCGGAUGAAGCUGCUGCAGGACCUCGUGCCCGGCUGCAACAAGGUGGUGGGCAAGGCCGUCAUGCUGGACGAGAUCAUAAACUACGUGCAGUCGCUGCAGCGGCAAGUCGAGUUUCUGUCCAUGAAGCUGGCCACGGUGAACCCGCAGCUGGACUUCAACAACCUGCCCAGCCUCCUCGCCAAAGAUAUGCAGCAGCAGUCAUGUGGGCAGCUGCAGCAGGGCUCGUCGCAUUUCCCGCUGGAGGCGUCUGGCGCGCCGCUCCCCUACAUGGGCCAGGGGAACGGCGACCCUCUCGGCUGCGGCAUGUCCGACGGCGGCAUGGGCGACGAUCAGGGCGCCAUGCACCCGCUGGACCAGGCCUUCUGCCGGCCCAUGGGUUCCUCACAGCAGCAGCAGCAGCACUUCCUCAGCGACGCCGCCUCUCAGGUUGGGGCUUUCUGGCAAGAUCUGCAGAGCGUGGUUCAGAUGGACAUGGGGCAGAGCCAGGAGCUCGCCACCUCCUCCAACAGCUACGAGCAGUGUCUUAGCUUUCUAAUUUCCACCAAUCCAUCCGUCAGUCCCUUCCGGUGUAAUGAUUCUUUUGAACAAGAAAGGGAACCCGGCCGUGCAACAGUAGUAGCUUAG